AUGGGAGAGGAGAAGGAAGGAGAAUUGGCAGAGGAAAUCAAGGAGCUCGAGCAGGAAAUCCUGGACCUGACUCAGGAAUUGAACUCCAUUCAAGCAGCCCAGAAGACGAUAGAGAUUAUUGCCGGAGCAGCCAUUCCGGUCUCCGCAGCCGUUGCAGAAUCUUUUAGAACCUGUCACGCCAAUCAUUCUCAUAUGCGGUUCAACGAGCUCAAGGAGAGUGCGCUACGCAUGCCUGGCAUGGUCUACAGUGAACGUAUAGCACUCAAAAGGCUCUUUCAGAAAGUGGGGGAAGAGUUUGAUCAUGAACUAAGCCCCGGUAUUAUUGGUAGAUUUAUAAAGCCUAGUUAUUUGACUGAGGCUCUCCAAGAGAAAACUGGCCCCGGUCAGGGCGUGGUAUCCUGGCUCUGUUUCCCAUACUUUCGCUUCAAUCUAUUAGACACUGUUAAUAACUCACUAGAUUCAUAUCCAAUGAAGGGAUUACUGCAAGACCUAUUGCUGAAACCAGAGAAAGAGAUGAGACAAGUCAUGAGCCGCAUGCAGCCAAAGCGAGAUGACGAGUGCCUGCAUAUCGCACAAAUGUGGGCUAUUGGGAUGAAUGAUUCUUUUCUCGUCACCUAUGGAGAUAUGGAAUUAUCUGGCUUCAGCGACAUGAAAUUGCAACAUCUACCCCCAACCCAGUCUACUAAACCCCUCAUGAGUCGUUCUCGCAAAAUCUUUGUGUCUUUUUACACAACAGUCAUGUGGCCUUUGCCUUUAGAGAACUGCUUGACGUGGCCUGGGAAAGAUGUUGAACCGGGCGAAUUUGCAGCGCUAAUCAAAACAGAGCAUAACAUAAAGCUGGCGCUGAACAUCAGUGAAAGCUCUGACAGCUUCCCUUCAGAGGAACAUGGGGGGUUCACAGUGUUCGAGUGGCUCGCCGACGUGGACACGGCGUCUGAAGAUAAUGAUGAUUCAAAUGAUGAGAAGAACGAAAGAAUAAGACCACGCCUAGAACUUAUGGAUGAAUUCUUUCAAAAACAGAGGGGAGACUCCAUACGAGGGCUUCUCAAGGAAGAUGAGCCCACUAACUCUUUGGUGAUGCGUACCACAAAAGCAGCAGAGACACUUUACAGCUUUUUGGCUCCUCUGGGCUUCAUGGGUCCCGUUCUGGGAAAGUAUUGGGGUGCGGUGUACUUGAUAAUUCAGAACCUGCAAUCCGACCAGCAGGAGGAUAGAGAUCCAGUACAAGACUUCUGUAAUCAGUUAAUUGAUCUGGCAUUACAAACAGUGCCGAUCAAGCUUCUCUUCUCGCGCGUUGGUCUUGAGCGUUCGACUGGCAAUUCCCCUCACCGACUGGAGAAAGCUUGGAUGCAUCUUUUUAUGUCGUUGGUUCAUGUCAGAAGAAACCACGUCGGUCCCAUAAGCAUAUGGACAUCUGCUUAA